AUGCCUGAAAUGCGCCACAUUGACGCUAACCUCAUCAAUACCGACCUCCAAGCUCGAGUUGACUACCUUGCCAAGUUUAUCGAGUUUGGUCCUGCAGAUGUGGAAGCACUUCACAAUGCUGCUCCGAUUGUAAAGCCCUUGGCCGGUGCUGCAGUAGACGCUGUUUAUGAGAAGCUGUUCUCGUUUGACAUCACACGUGUAACCUUCAUGGCCCGAAAUACCGGUUUCACUGGGAAACUAUCAGAGAAGCUCGAAGAUAUCAAUCACGAGUCUGAGCAGAUCAAGUUCCGAAAAGAUUUUCUAAAAGUAUGGGUGGUCAAAGUAUUCACCGCCGAUUACAACGAUCCCAAGACUUACGAAUAUCUUGACCGAGUCGGUAUUAUGCACACCGGAAAGGCUGGGUUUAAGCAUCGCGAGAAGAAAGAUCCCCUAUUCGUUGAUUACGCUCAUUGCGCAAUUCUUCUCGGUUAUGUCCAGAGCAUGCUCACCUCUGCUGUCAUGGGCCGUGACGACCUCCCUCAAGGGGUAAAAACUGCGACAUUACUCGCAAUCAACAAGGUCAUGUGGAUACAGAACGAUUUAUUCGCUCGGCACUAUAUCCCAUCCUAUGCUUCUAAGAAAAGCCCCAAGACACUUGGUGUUGAUGAGCGAGUAUGGCCGGUUGUAUGCGGUGGUUUGGCAACCGCCCUAGUGUUCCUGGGAUGGAAUAAGUCAUAA